AUGGAAGAGCUGCCAGCAGUUUAUUGUGGAGCUUCUGAAAAUCACAUUCAUUAUGAUAAUUUUGUACUGAAAGAAGGAGAACCCAUGAAACCAUUCAUGAGAGAUGAAGUUGAUGAAAAAUGUACCUGGUUGGAUGUGAAAAAAUGUUCAGGUUAUAUUGACUCUUCCACUUUCACCCUUUUCCCAUGUGUGGAGUACAUAACAAUUGAUGAAUGUAUCAUACAAAAUUGUUCACCAAAGGCUUUUGAACAAUUGGCUAAACUAAAGGCCUUGGAUAUUAGGAAUAGUGAAUUUCCAGUUAAAAAGAAUAUAUUUGAAGGGGCGAAAAAUGUGGAGUCUUUAUCAAUUUCUAAUUUCCACUUCAAGGAUAAUGAUGAUAUUUUCAGUAAUUUGUCAGGCCUCCUUAGCUUAACAUUGGAAAAUUGUACUUUUGGUGUAAUUGAAAAAGACAUGUUCUCAGGAUUGCAUACUCUCAAAUAUCUUUCCAUCAAUGAAUCGAAAAUUGAUAAAAUAUCUUCAGAUUGUUUCAAUGAUCUUGAGAAUCUUGAGGAGUUGGGUAUAAGGGAUAAUAAAAUAGAUGAGUUUGAUCCAAAAGGCAUUCUGAAACUGAUUAAUCUCAAACGACUGUCUUUGCAUAAUAAUGAAACAAGUUCAGAAAUUAAUUAUGAGAUAUUUCAACAAUUACCAGCACUUGAAUCAUUUCUUUUUGAUAACAUUAUUUAUGAAUCACUAGAUUUCAGUGGUUUUAAAACCUUAAAAAAUGUUGAAAUUGGUUUCUCAAAGGAAAAGGAUGAUAAUACUUCAAAAACUGCUAUAUUUGAAAAAUUGAAAUCAAUGAACAUUGAAUACCAGUUUGUAUUUUGUGGAAAAGUUAGUUUUGAUAAAAAUAAUAAAGAUGUGAUGGUUUGUUGCUGA